AUGUUUGGUUCAAUCAUUCGCAUCCAAGGCAAAAAAUGCAGCUGUUUGGGACCCCAUUUUUAUAAAAUCAUAUCAAACAUAUUAUAUAUAUGUAUAUAUAUAUAUAUUAUCCAGAUCAACCAUAUUCGCUGCAUAUCAGCCAUAUCAAUAUCCGUAUUCCCAUCACUGGUUGCCACUGUGCCACCCAAUUCAGCAGUGGCUCUUGAGGCGGCGUUCUGUGGUGGUAACUCUGCCAAGGCCACGGCAGGCAUUAACUUCUUGAAGAACCAGGACGAUUCGGAGACUCACUUUAGAGAUGAUACUCUCCAUGCUGGCCAAACCAAUGGUGAACUUGCUUCGUUGCUUUGUCGCAACAGUUCGUCCGACAUGAAUUGGUUGAUUGAUCGUUUUGAUCUGGAUUUUGCAGUGGUUUCAAAGCUGUCCUGCCAUGCGCGAGCAAGGACUUACAGGACUAAAGAUUCAAUUCCUGGAAUGGCUUUGACCUAUGCACUGAUCCAGAUGGUGGAGAAAGUGGCAGAGGUGUCGGACCGUGCGCGGCUAGUGACAAAGGCAGAGGUCUUUCAGCUACUAUUGAGAGAUGGCAAGGUGGUUGGAUGUGAGUACAAGAAAUCUGGACGCUCGAGCAAGGAAUAUGGUCCAGUAGUUCUUUGCACAGGUGGCUUUGGUGGACGCAGUGGCGUUGAGUCGGUGCUGGUGAAGCACCGACCCGACUUGGCACAUUGCCCCACUUCCAACUGCGAACAAUGCUCUGGGGAUGGCUUGAAGUUGGGUGCCCAAGCUGGUGCCAGAACGAUCGACUUGGAAUGGGUGCACCUACAUCCUACUGGGUUGGUGAAUGAAGAUGACCCGGAUGCUCAGCGCAAGGUCCUCGCUGGGGAGUGCUUCCGUCAAGCUGGAGGCUUGUUGCUUAAUGCAGAUGGCAAUCGCUUCUGCAAUGAGUCCGGACCCACUGAACACAUCCUUGCGGAGAUGCAGAAGAACUCUGGUCCCUUUCGCUUGUGUUUGAACACCGCGGCCACCCGGGAGCUUCAUUGGCAGUGCCGAACCUUCAUCAGCCGCAAACUGAUGAAGUGCUAUGCCUCAGGCACGGACUUGGCAAAGGAUAUGAAGAUCCCGCUGCAGAAACUGAUCGAUGUCCAUGAUGCCCAUGCUGAAGCCUUCCGAAACAGCCUGAAACGUGGCAAUGAACAAGGCCCUUGGCCUGGUACCAAUGGACGCACCUCCUGGGAUGAGUGCAGUGGGACAAGGGGUUGUGGCAAGUGCGACUUCCGCAACGUGCUGGUGGGAUCUCGGGUGGCAGAGGAGCCCUUCCAUGUGGCCAUUGUGACGCCGGUGAUCCUGUACUGUGCUGGUGGGAUUCAGAUCAAUUCACAUGCUGAGGUCGUGGACGAGCAUGGCAAAGGUAUUCUAGGGCUCUAUGCAGCGGGUGAAUCCACCGGUGGCAUUCAUGGAAAGCAAGCCUUGUCAGGGAAUCUGCUUUUAGACUGUUUGGUCUUUGGUCGACUCGCUGCCAAGUCUGCUUGUCGCUACAUCUUUGGAGAAGACGAUGAGUUCAGACCAUGCCCGCUGCAAACUUUCGGGGCGUCAAAAAAUGAUGGACCUGCAUGA